AUUCGCUCGUACGCCGCCGCCGCCGUUUCCAAAAAAAAAACUUGCGAACCAAACGAAGAAAAAGAAGUGCGGCUCACAAAAGGAAAAGCAGGAAACAACAAAAAUACAGAAUCGGACGGCGGGCGGCGUUUGCAGCAAUCUUCUGUACACUCCGUAGCGACGCAAUAAUAUUCACGUAAUUAUUAUAGAACGCAGUAAACAAACGCAAGUUGCUGCAACGGGCAGGGAAAACAAAAUUGCAUUUGAUUGAUUUUUGCACAAACGCAAAAGAACAAAAUUUUCUGUUAUUUGUUUGUCCACCACUGUAUACAUGUGUGUGUAUGUGUGAGAGUGCAACAUUGAUAAGACGCUGAAACGAAGGAGAUACGUGCAUUACGCUUUUGCAUUAACUCGACGCCAAACUAACAAAAAAAAAAAACAAUCAUUACACACACACACACAAAGACAAAUGUUGGAAAAAGACUGAAAAACGACGAGCACACACACACACACACACGCACACGAUAUUUGUUAACUGGGAAUCAAAGCCACCGCCACCGCUCAACAAGAACCAAAACGACGCACUUGAACAGAAACAGGGAGACCACAAAAACAACAAAAAUCAUUGCUAAAAUGUCAUCGCGUUCCAAGGAGAGAGUUGUCACUGCAUUUCGCAAAAUCUUCCAUAAAUCCAGCAACAACAACAAUAAUAACAAUAAUAAUAAUAUUAACAACAAUGAUAAAGUUGAUGGAGCUACUGGAAGCAAUAUUAACAAUAAUAACGAGGCUGCCACCUCAACAGCUGCCGGAGGAUCAGGACAAGUCGGUGGCGGAGUAGGAGGACUAGGAGCUGCAGCUGGAACCACAAACUCCAAAAAUCCUGUAGUUCGAAUGGCAGGCGAGCAGGCUUUGUGCGAUUCACCAGGCAAACGUCGACGACAGGAUCAUAAAGUGACGCCGACGGCAGGGCGUCAGUUGGUGGCAGCUGAUCAGAGCAUUCGAUCGCGCCGCCUCAUGAAGGAAUACCGUGAAAUGGAGCGACUGCAGCUCAAGUCCGAUGCCGUGUUCACGGUGGAACUAGUCAAUGAUAGCCUCUAUGAGUGGCAUGUGCGACUGCAUGUGAUUGAUCCGGACUCGCCGCUGGCCCGUGACAUGAUGGAACUGAAUGUUUCAAACAUCCUGCUGCACUUGAGCUUCCCCGACAAUUUCCCGUUUGCUCCGCCCUUUAUGCGUGUGGUAGAGCCGCGCAUCGAGAAGGGCUAUGUGAUGGAGGGCGGUGCCAUAUGCAUGGAGCUGCUCACGCCCCGUGGCUGGGCCAGUGCCUACACCGUGGAGGCCGUCAUCAUGCAGUUCUCUGCCAGCGUGGUCAAGGGUCAGGGUCGUAUCAUGCGUAAACCAAAAUGUACAAAGGAGUUUAGUCGCCGUCAGGCAGAGGAGUCGUUCCGUUCGCUGGUGAAGACACACGAGAAGUACGGCUGGGUCACGCCCAGCCUGGCCGAUGGUUAAGGACCACGACCACGUCGGAACGUCCGCUCAGAUGCCCUUCCGUUUGCCAACUCAACAUAUAAAUUACAUUCAACACACAAAAAAAUCUCAUUGAAAACUUUUCGCCAUUUAACAUUCAAAAUCUGUCAAGUAAUUAACGAUUUCAAUUGUAAACCAUCCAGAAAGAAAGAUAAAUGAGAUCUAGAGAAACGCAUAAAGCAAACAAAACCAUUAGCUUAAAAUGUAAUUUUAGCUUGUAGAAGAAAUCCAUAAACGAUUUUCGGUACGAUUAUAGCGUUAAAUGUUAACUUACAUUUUUGAAAAUAAUGUAUAAUGUAUUAUGAUUUACACAUUCAAUUAGUCUGAAUAAUGGAGAUCGACUGUUAUAAUUUCUUGUGAUUUUUGUUAACUAAAACAAAUGCCAAUCCCAUAGUCCAUAGUAUAGUCCAUCCCAUGGGACAAAAACAAAGAAAAACAAAAGCAAAAAAAAACCAAAACUACAACUGAAGCUUGUAAACACGAUUGUUUUCUCUUACGACAUUUUCUAUUUAAGUUUCCGCAUAAUGAAUUAAUAAAACAUGUG